CGGGGUUUUACGCCCCUAUCCGACCCGAGAUUACCGGUUUGUGCUUCCCGGGCCCCUGGGCGCCUCAAGCACAGAAGGAUAUAGAGGCUUGCUCUAGAUUGGGGGCGGGUCCUGGGCAACGCGGGACUGGGAUGCCUGCGCCGGGACACUCUGGGAGCCUCCCCAACUCCCCGUAGCCUCUUCUCUUACGACUAGGAGAUGCGGGAAGAGCCGCCGCCUGGUCCCAGAGCUGCCGCCGCCGCCGGGAGUCCCGGGCAGCCGGGCAUGGUGGGCGCGCAGGCUGGCAUCGCCCCGCGAAGAGGGCGGCCCCGACGCCCAGCCCGCAACUGUUGCUCCCCUGCUGGGGUCGCGCCCCCCAUGCCCCAACAGGUCCGGAGCAGUCCCGCCGGCAUCCUCCAGGAAACCAUGCCCCCUGCUCCGGGCCCAUGGAGACAUGGCCUGUAGAGUGCUCGGCUGGGCAGUGCCACCUCCCCCCCGGCUGACGCGCAGGUUCCUCUUCAUCUUCACGCUCUCUCUGUCCUGCACUUACCUGUGUUACAGCCUUCUCUUCUGCUGCGACAGCCUCAUGCAAAGCCGUGGCCUCGGGGAGCACCGCUGCCUUCUCAUCCAGAACGUGGGCGGCAAGAAACUUCUCCAGAAGUCCCCUUACUGCAGCCUAGAGGGGCCCGCGCCCAGCGCUGCUUCCCCCGGGGCCCCCGCCCUCAGCUCCGCGCCCGCACCCGCUCCCCGCCUGGCCACCACCAAUCAUUCUGGAACCCCGAAACUGGGCACGAAGCGGCUACCCCAGGCUAUCAUCGUAGGUGUGAAGAAGGGGGGCACCCGGGCGGUGCUGGAGUUUAUCCGCGUACACCCAGACGUACGGGCUGUGGGCACUGAGCCCCACUUCUUUGAUCGGAACUACGACCGGGGUCUGGACUGGUACAGAAGCCUCAUGCCCAGGACCCUUGAAACUCAGAUUACAAUGGAGAAAACACCCAGUUACUUUGUGACCAAGGAAGCCCCAAGGCGCAUUUUCAAUAUGUCCCGAGAUACCAAACUGAUCGUGGUUGUCCGGAACCCGGUGACACGGGCUAUCUCGGAUUACACCCAAACGCUUUCCAAGAAGCCAGACAUCCCAACCUUUGAGGGGCUUUCCUUCCGCAACAGGAGCCUGGGACUCGUGGAUAUGUCUUGGAACGCUAUCCGCAUCGGCAUGUAUGUGGUGCACCUGGAGAGCUGGCUUCAGUACUUUCCACUGGCCCAGAUCCACUUUGUCAGUGGGGAGCGCCUCAUCACAGACCCUGCCGGGGAGAUGGGCAGAGUCCAGGACUUCCUGGGCAUCAAAAGAGUCAUCACAGACAAGCACUUCUAUUUCAACAAGACCAAAGGCUUCCCUUGCUUGAAAAAGACCGAGAGCAGCAUUCUACCGCGCUGUCUGGGAAAAUCCAAAGGGAGAACUCAUGUACAGAUAGACCCUGAGGUGAUAGACCAGCUCCGAGACUUUUAUAGACCUUAUAAUAUUAAAUUUUAUGAAACUGUUGGGCAGGACUUCAGGUGGGAAUAACAGCUUGUGACGGGAAUGUGCUCUCCAGGCUUCAUUGAGGACAGCUCUUGAGUACACAUGCCCCACUCCCUGCCACUGCCAUCCACAUGCCCAUGAUUCCCAUGUUACCUAAUGCUUCAUAUCACCUCAUUUUUCCUUCCCCCACCCUCAACACAUCCAUAGGACAGCCGACACAAAACCUCUCUGGGGCUAAAAGAGCCAGGGGAAACCAACCUGGACUUUUCUGACCUGUCAGAUUUCCUAAAAAAAAAAAAUCAAGGCUUGUCUGUCCCUAGUCCAACAAGGUUCUUAUUUACCUUUGGACUUGUUUCUGCCACAUGGCAGUCACCCACAGAGCCCUUUAAAACAGGAUAGGGUAUGACUUCCCUGCAGUCCUGGACAACCUGCCUGUGAAGAAAAUGAAUUUUCCCAGAGAUUACAAAUAUAUUGCUAUGUAUACACCAGUCUAUCCCUAUUGCUGUCUACACAGAAAUGGGCUCUGUAAACUCAGUUCCUAAUUGUCAUGUGCCUACCCUUUAUGCCCAUGGAGAGUUCACUGGCUCAUGCCUCCCAAUACAGUCUGGGGAAAAAGAAGAGUCCUUCCAUCAUACCCCCUCACACCCUCCAGACCCCUGAGAGCAACUUUCCCACCCUGUCCUCCACCACCAGAAGCUAGAGAAAGGAAGGACUCUCCUCAUCCCCAGGAAGGCUGAGCCUUUGGUCUCUAAGAGAAACCUGGGACCAUGAAGAUGUUGAUGGAUAUGUCUGGGAAGCAAUGUCUUUGAAAGCCACAUUGGGAUGAUAGCUGGUCCUGUGAAUAAAGCACAGAUUUUUGUGGUUACGGGUACUUCACUGGCACUAGUAUUCUUGUUCAGCAUGUAAUCCAUGCUUGUUCAUGUGAAAUAAAGAUGGCUCUCUCUUGUCCUUAACAA